CAAUCUUUUUUUUCUUUUAUUAAUUAAUUAUUUCUCCAUCUUUUUUUUUCUUCACCUUUUAAUCAGUGUUAAUCUCUAGAUUGGUGAAAUAUGUUGCAAAGAUUUUAAUCAAUUCUCUCUGGUUAAUUGAUUGUUUUCCAUGUUGUGUUAACCCUUUUGUAUCUACUUUUUUUUGCCUCUUCUAGAAUCUUCAACAUCUAAUGUUGGAUAAUGUUAGUUGAUCCGAAUCAUGAUUAUUUUAAUUUAGUUUUUCGUUUUUAUUUCCAGUUAAAUGUAAAUAGUAAUUGAGUUAUCCCUGUUAAGGAGAAAGACGGAGAUUGACAAGUUUACUUUGGAAUAAACUUACAAGGUUGACAAUUAGACUUGGACACAGAACCUUGAGAUUGGAACCAUUAGAGAGAGAGAGAGAGAGAGAGAAACAAAGACUUUUCCCUGACUCAGCUCAUCUCUUAAUUGCUUGUAAUUGGACACUGGUCAAGUCAUAGAUUCAUAUGUAUACACAUGGGCUAUUCUACUUUUUGGUUUCAUUGUAAUUAUCUUGUGUUGACAGAUUUGGUCAACAUGGUUUUUGGUCACUGAUUAAUUCAACUAAAAGUCCACAAUUACCAUUAUAUCAUCGUUAAUACCUGGAGCUUUUAUUUCCCAAUGAAUAUAAAUCAACAAUAUGAGAGUUUUAUUUUCAUGCUCACCAGUUUGUUGACUUUAAGAUACUCCUAUUAAUUGUUUGAAUGUGUUUCCAUUCAAUGAUCAAAUCUAAAUCUCAGUGUUAAUUUUUUUUGCCUUAUACUCAAUUUUAAUUGGACUGAUUUGUAAUUAGUGAAUUGAAACUAGUUUUUCCUAAACUAAUUAAGUUUCUGUAAAAGCUGAAUCAGUCAACUUUAACCAUCUCAUCAUCAUUAUCAACAUCAUCUUUAGUUUUCAUAUUCAUACCUUGAAAUCAUCAUCAGUGAUACAUCAGAAAAAAAGACAAAAAAAACAUCAAUGAAUUCAAUUCAUAUCAUGAGUUUAUUGACUCUCCUCCUCCUCCUCCUCUUUGUACAGAUUUCAGUUGGUCAGCAGCAACAAAAACGCUCAUUUGACAUUGAUUGGUCAAACAAUACCUUCCUUAAAGAUGGACAACCCUUUACCUACAUUUCCGGGUCACUUCAUUAUUUCCGGGUUCCAGUUGAAUAUUGGUCAGAUAGGAUGAUGAAGAUGAAAAAAGCAGGACUCAAUGCUGUCCAAACAUACAUUGAAUGGCGAUCCCAUGAACCAAUCAAUGGAGGACCAUAUGAUUUCAGUGGUAAUCUUGAUAUAUUUAAAUUCAUUGAAAUUGCCAAGGAAAAUAAUCUACUGGUCAUCUUACGGCCUGGACCUUAUAUCUGUGCUGAACGUGACAUGGGUGGUUUACCUUCAUGGCUAUUAAAGGUUGAUCCAUUGAUGAAAAUACGAACCAGUGAUCCUGUUUAUCUGUCCUAUGUUAGCCGGUGGUUUAAUUAUCUUCUACCUCGACUUGAACCUUACCUUUACAACAAUGGUGGACCGGUGAUAAUGAUGCAGGUUGAAAAUGAAUAUGGAAGUUACUUUGCCUGUGAUUACAAUUAUACUUAUUAUCUUCGAGAUUUGAUGGUCAACUUGACCAAUAACAAUGUCGUUCUAUUCACUACCGAUGGUAAUGGUUUAAACUACCUUAAAUGUGGACAAAUCAAUGGUACAUUGGCGACAAUUGAUUUUGGACCAGGGGCUGAUGUAAAUCUUUCCUAUUCGUAUUUAAGAUCGGUACAACCUAAUGGACCAUUGGUUAACUCUGAAUAUUAUACAGGAUGGCUUGACCAUUGGGCAGAGCCUCAUUCAGUUACCUCUGAUAGUUUAGUUGCCCUUACAUUAGACACUUUACUAUCAAAAAAUGUCUCUGUCAAUAUGUAUAUGUUUCAUGGUGGAACCAAUUUUGACCUUGGUGCUGGUGCUAAUUAUGGUGCUAAUUAUCAACCACAACCAACCAGUUAUGAUUAUGAUUCACCAAUAACUGAAUCUGGUGAUUUAACAAGUAAAUAUUUUGCAAUUAGAUCAACAAUUUCAAAGUAUUUUCCUGUUGAUCAUUUAAGACCUGAAGUGAGUCCUAAAAUGUCAUUGACCAUUACCGCUGACCUAGUGUGGGAUUGGAAUACAAUAAUUAAAGGUGGACAAAUUAAAAUUAACAAUUUACCAAUGUCCUUUGAAGCUCUUGGUGUAUCAACUGGUUUUGUGGUUUAUUCAAGUUUAAUUAAUUGUACUCCAAGUGAUCCUAGUCUAUUGACAAUUAAGACUCUUAGAGAUCGUGCAAUUGUCCUUGUUGAUGGGAAACUUCAAGGAGUAUUAUCAAGAGCUGUUUCGAUUAACUCAUUACCAAUCGAGGCUCGAUUAGGUUCACGAUUAGAUUUAAUUGUUGAGAAUGAAGGUCGAAUCUCAUAUGGAAGUUAUAUUAGUGAGGAAAAGGGUAUCAUUGGAGAUGUUAAAUUGGGAGCAAUUACAAUUACCAAUUGGACUCAUAUUUAUUAUCAAAAAUUGGGAAACUUAAUGGAUUCAGUUACUAAUCAUUUGGUGAAAAAUAAAUACACUGAUGAACAUAAUAAUCAUCAUGAUAAUGGAAGUAUUGAAAUUAACAAGACACAAUUAGUGACCAAUGAAUCUCCACCCCCACAAUCUAUUUCUCCCUCACCGGAAGUAGUUAAAUAUCCAGCAAUUUUCGGUAGUAGUUUUCAACUUCCUGUUGGUGUCAAACCAAGUGACACUUUUUUAAAUUUAAGUAACUUUACCAAAGGAAUUGUUGGAUUUAAUGGUCAUCUUUUGGGAAAAUAUUGGCCUCACACUGGACCUCAAGUGACACUUUAUGUUCCAGGAGUUUGGUUUAAAUCUUAUCCAGAUUAUAAUCUACUUACCAUAUUGGAGACUCUCCAAAUUAACUCAUCAUCAUCAUCAGCUGAUAAACCGAUUACAAUUCAAUUCCAGUCACAACCAAUUCUCAAUGGAUCAAUACCUUUUUCAAAUGUUAAAACUUACGAUUAUUGGUUAUCCAAAUUACAGGUCAACAAUCAACUUUAAUCUAGCUGAUUAUUGAUUGUUUUUAAUUUUAUUUUUAUCAACACAAUUGAUAAUAUAACUUUUUUUUUGUUCAUUUUGGUAUAUAAACAAAACUAUUAUACAUUCAAAUCACA